AUGUCCGAGAGGCUGGCACGGCUCGCGGUGACCCUACUGCUCUUCGCCCUGUGCGUCGCCGUUCAGCGGGCAGACUCUGCGGCUUGCCACGGAUGUGUGGGAUCCAAAUGCGACUGCAGCGGAGUCAAAGGAGCAAAGGGUGAGCGGGGUUUCCCGGGUCUCAGCGGACAACCAGGAGUGCCGGGCUUCCCGGGACCGGAAGGGGCGAUCGGACCUCGCGGAGAGAAGGGCAGUGAUGGGCCAAUGGGUUUCGCUGGCCCAAAAGGAAUAAGAGGACCUGCUGGAUUGCCUGGAUUCCCAGGAACACCAGGACUUCCGGGUCUACCUGGGCAGGAUGGAGCUCCAGGCCCAAGAGGAACGCCAGGAUGCAAUGGGACAAAAGGUGAAAUCGGCUUCCCGGGAACCGGAGGAAUCCCAGGGCAGCCUGGACUGCCGGGUCCACCUGGUCUUCCUGGACAGAAGGGCGAUCCCGGUGACGUGAUCUCUACCAAUCGUUUUGGCGAGAAAGGAGCUGUGGGCUUUCCUGGACUGCCAGGCGUUCCUGGUCCUCCAGGACCCGCCGGUUACCAAGGUCCCUCUGGCCCUCCUGGUCCGAGAGGCUUUGAGGGUCGACCGGGUCCUCCUGGUCCUCCUGGACCUAAGGGAAACAUGGGACUGAACUUCCAGGGACCCAAAGGAGAGAAGGGUGAGCCGGGUUUACCGGGACCCGCCGGGCCACCGGGAAACGUCGGGGAACAGAAGAGGCCGACUGAGAUUGAGAUUCAGAGAGGAGACAAGGGUGACCGCGGACUUCCAGGCCUACCUGGUGAUCCCGGCUACCCAGGUCCUCCUGGUACUCCUGGCGGCCAGAAGGGAGAAAAGGGAGAACCAGGAGAGGCAGGCAAACGCGGAAAACCAGGCAAAGAUGGUGACCCAGGUCCACCGGGGUUCCUUGGUCUCAAAGGAGAACCAGGCCUGCCAGGUUCCCCGGGCAGGGACGGGGAGAGAGGUAUGAAAGGUGAACGUGGAUUCCCAGGUGCUCCGGGACUGGUGUGUAUUGAAAUCCAAUUUGGUCCGCAGGUUGGACCAAAAGGUGAACCUGGUUUCCCUGGAUCACCCGGGAUCAAAGGAGAAAGAGGACUACCAGGUGUAACAGGACCUCCAGGACAGCCGGGAUUUCCAGGUGGCGGUGGCGGCGGGUCACCAGGCUCUCCGGGCUUCCCGGGAGAGAGAGGUCAAAAAGGAGACAUCGGCAGUCCGGGGCUAUCUCUUCCAGGCCCUCCGGGGCGCCCCGGACCUCCUGGGUUGCCAGGACCACCAGGGGCCUCUGGACCAAAAGGCAUUUCCACUGGUGGAGAAGGCUGCCUCCCUGGCACUCCCGGGCGUCCCGGCCUAUCGGGAGAGAGGGGUUUCCCGGGAGAGGCAGGCCAGAAAGGUGAAAAGGGCGACACCUGUGUCAACUGCUUUAGUGGCACUACUGGCAUCCGUGGACCUCCAGGGCCUGCAGGACAACCUGGAUACCCAGGAAAUCCAGGUUCUCCGGGUAGCAAAGGAGAUAGAGGCUUCCCUGGAUCACCUGGCUCAAAUGGACCACCUGGCAUUCCUGGUCCUCAAGGUCCUCCAGGAUUCCCAGGAGAGAAAGGAGAUCCCGGUGAAGCCAUCACUGGCCCUGGUGUGAGGGGAGAGAAGGGUGACACAGGAUUCCCUGGAGCGCCUGGUCUUCCAGGUCUAGAUGGACGUCCAGGUCGGGAUGGACAGCCUGGUCUUCCGGGCCCCAAAGGAGCUCCUGGAUCUAUUCGGGACAGGGGAGAAAGAGGGAGCCCUGGUGAUCCAGGUCCUCCUGGAAUCGCGGGAGAUCGGGGCCCACCAGGACCCCCCGGCUUUGGGCCUGCUGGAUCCCCAGGAGAAAAGGGGGUCCAGGGUGUCUCAGGAAGGCCAGGAGCCCCUGGUAUACCUGGUGCCAAAGGGGAGCCAGGCUUGACAGUAGCAGAAAAAGGGCAACCAGGACCCAGAGGUCUGGAUGGUGAGCCAGGACUUCCUGGGGCACCAGGAAACCCAGGUCAGCCUGGUCAGCCGGGCUUCCCUGGAGUACCAGGAGCAAAGGGUGACCCUGGAUUGCCUGGAAUUGGACUCCCAGGACCUCCUGGAUCUAAAGGAUUCCCCGGUAUACCUGGGCAACCAGGAGCUCCGGGUGGACCGGGUAGACCUGGAGUAGACGGCCUUCCGGGCCAACCUGGAUUCCCUGGCGCAAAAGGUGAACCUGGCUUCGGACUCCCAGGUCCUCCUGGAUCUCCAGGUGUACCUGGAGCUAAAGGUUUAACCGGACCCAAGGGAGACUCCGGUUUCCCUGGAAGCCCUGGGUCACCAGGAAGAUCUGGAUUUGAUGGUGGACCAGGGCCUAAAGGUGAACCGGGAACAUCUGGUAUCCCUGGACCUCGUGGCCCACCGGGACCACCAACGCCAGGCUCACGUGGGCCUCCAGGUGCCCCUGGACUCCCAGGCCCAAUGGGCACACCUGGAUUCCCUGGAGUAAAUGGAGCAAAGGGAGACCCUGGGCCACCCGGUUUGGAUAUUCCAGGCUUGCCAGGGGACAGAGGAAGUCCUGGUUUUCCUGGUUCCCCUGGACCAAUUGGAACCCCAGGACCCCCUGGAGGCCCUGGACGAGAUGGCGUUCCAGGCCUGCCGGGUGCCAAAGGUGAUAUGGGUCCUAUUGGAUCUCCCGGAACACCUGGAGAACCUGGCGGCCCUGGGGCACCCGGUGGUCCCGGACAGAAAGGUGAAUCUGGAUUCCCUGGUAGGGAUGGUGUUCCUGGCUCUCCCGGAGCCAAAGGAGAAAAAGGCAAUGUUGGGGAACGAGGACCACCUGGAUACAGUCCACCGGAUAUUGUCGCAAGAGGAGAAAAAGGGGAAGCAGGACUACCAGGGGCACCAGGAUUUCCUGGUCAGAAGGGCAUCCCCGGUGUCACUGGUGACCCUGGACUUCCAGGAUCAGAUGGACGGCCUGGACUUCCUGGACCAUCAGGACCAAAGGGAGAUCCUGGAAUUCCAGGAGGGCCUGGCGGUCCCGGAGCUCCUGGACUAAAAGGCAGCAUGGGAGAAAUGGGAUUCCCAGGACCUUCAGGGCAGAAGGGUUUGCCGGGUCAGCCAGGUCUACCCGGCUCUCCGGGACAGCCCGGAGCCCCUGGUUUCCCGGGAGCCAAAGGUGAGCCAGGUUCUGCUGGGAUUGGACCACCUGGACCACCUGGAAUCAAGGGAGAUCCUGGCCAAUCAGGUUUCCCUGGAAGUCCAGGGCCUAAAGGGACUCCAGGAUUACCAGGUCUGCCAGGUUUACCUGGAGGACCAGGGGCCAAAGGUGAUCUAGGUCCUACAGGGUUCCAAGGGCCUCCCGGUAUUCCUGGUCCAAAGGGGUUGGACGGUGGGCCCGGAGGCCCUGGCCUCACUGGGGCUCCUGGUAGGCCGGGAGAGCCUGGCCGACCAGGAUCACCUGGAUUUCCAGGAGAGAAGGGUCAAGCGGGUCGGGAUGGCAUCCCAGGACCAGCUGGCAUCAAAGGCGAACCAGGGAUUCCAGGGUCUGGUGAACCAGGAUCCCCUGGACUUCCAGGAUUCCCGGGUGCCAAGGGAGAACCUGGCCUCCCUGGUCCUCCUGGCAGUUCUGGUUUCCCUGGUCAAAAAGGAGAGAGUGGCUUCCCUGGCUCUCCAGGCUCUCCGGGCCCUAUUGGCCCUCCUGGAACUCCGGGUCUUGGUCUACAGGGUCCCAAAGGAAUUCAAGGACCUCCUGGGCCACCAGGAAGAGCAGGUCCAUCAGGUCAGAUCGACGGCGUUCCCGGCCCACAGGGUCCUCGUGGGGCCCCAGGAAGCGGUGGCAUCAGGGGCGAGAAAGGCAUUCCCGGUGCUGCUGGCCAGCCAGGCUUCCCCGGACAGAAAGGAGACCCAGGUGUUCCUGGAUUCUCAGGUUCUCCGGGUCUUCCUGGCGGUCCAGGUCCUAAGGGUGACAUUGGUCUACCUGGCGUUCCCGGAUUCCCAGGACCGAAGGGAGACCCAGGAAUUCCCGGUGGCCCUGGCCUUACCGGUGACCCGGGAGAUGUCGGACCUCCAGGCCCAGUCGGUGAGCCUGGUUUUUCUGGACCUACCACUGUGCUCAAGGGAGACCGCGGACCCCCCGGUCCCGUUGGCCAGCCUGGUGCCGGAGGACAGCCGGGCUCCCCUGGACGCGAAGGCCUCCCAGGUCAGGCAGGUGACGCAGGCGGUCCCGGUCCAGAGGGUCCCCCUGGCUUCAGCGGCCCUCCCGGAAGGAAGGGAGACAACGGGCCCGCUGGUCAGCCUGGUCAGCGCGGUUAUCCUGGUCCUCCCGGUUCCGACGGUCCGCAGGGCCCGCCCGGCCUUCCGGGCUCGGGCUCGGCAGCGCACGGCUUCCUCAUCACCCGACACAGCCAGAUCCAGGAAGUACCCCUCUGUCCGGUGGGCACCAACCUGAUAUACGACGGCUACUCCCUGCUGUACGUGCAGGGCAACGAAAGGGCGCACGGGCAAGACCUCGGAACGGCCGGAAGCUGCCUGCGCCGCUUCAGCACCAUGCCCUUCAUGUUCUGCAACAUCAACAACGUGUGCAACUUCGCCUCCCGUAACGAUUACUCCUACUGGCUGUCAACGCCCGAGCCCAUGCCCAUGUCCAUGGCACCAAUUACCGGCGAGAGCAUCAAGCCUUUCAUCAGCCGGUGCUCGGUGUGCGAAGCUCCCGCGAUGGUGAUCGCGGUCCACAGUCAAACCAUCCAGAUUCCCAACUGCCCUGCCAACUGGGAGGCUUUGUGGAUAGGCUACUCCUUCAUGAUGCACACCAGUGCCGGCGCCGAGGGAUCUGGUCAGGCCCUAGCCUCGCCCGGCUCUUGUUUGGAGGAGUUCCGCAGCGCUCCCUUCAUCGAGUGCCACGGCAGGGGGACGUGCAACUACUACGGCAACUCCUACAGCUUCUGGCUAGCCACCGUGGACGAAGGCGAGAUGUUCAGCAAGCCCCAGUCGGAGACGCUGAAGGCGGGCAACCUGCGGACGCGCGUCAGCCGCUGCGUGGUCUGCAUGAAGAGGACGUAA